CCUGCCUGCACGGCACAGGAGAGCAAACUUCUACAGACAGACCAAGGCUUCCAUUUGCUGCUGACACAUGGAACUGAAUUGUGCUCCAUGAUUUUACAGAUUUCGUAAAGUUCAAGAGAGAGGACUCAGGUCAUCAAAAUGAAAGCCCUCAUCUUUGCAGCUGCUGGCCUCCUGCUUCUGUUGCCCACUUUUUGUCAGAGUGGCAUGGAAAAUGAUACAAACAACUUGGCAAAGCCAACCUUACCUAUUAAGACCUUUCGUGGAGCUCCCCCAAAUUCUUUUGAAAAAUUCCCCUUUUCUGCCUUAGAAGGCUGGACAGGAGCCACGAUUACUGUAAAAAUUAAGUGCCCUGAAGAAAGUGCUUCACAUCUCCAUGUGAAAAAUGCUACCAUGGAGUAUCUGACCAGCUCCUUAAGUACCAAACUGAUACCUGCCAUCUACCUCCUGGUGUUUGUAGUUGGUGUCCCGGCCAAUGCCGUGACCCUGUGGAUGCUUUUCUUCAGGACCAGAUCCAUCUGUACCACCGUAUUCUACACCAACCUGGCCAUUGCAGAUUUUCUUUUUUGUGUUACAUUGCCCUUUAAGAUAGCUUAUCAUCUCAAUGGGAACAACUGGGUAUUUGGAGAGGUCCUGUGCCGGGCCACCACAGUCAUCUUCUAUGGCAACAUGUACUGCUCCAUUCUGCUCCUUGCCUGCAUCAGCAUCAACCGCUACCUGGCCAUCGUCCAUCCUUUCACCUACCAGGGCCUGCCCAAGCACACCUAUGCAUUGGUAACAUGUGGACUGGUGUGGGCAACAGUUUUCUUAUAUAUGCUGCCAUUUUUCAUCCUGAAGCAGGAAUAUUACCUUGUUCGGCCAGACAUCACCACCUGCCAUGAUGUUCACAACACAUGCGAGUCCUUGUCUCCCUUCCAACUCUACUACUUCAUCUCCUUGGCAUUCUUUGGAUUCUUAAUUCCAUUUGUGCUUAUCAUCUACUGCUACACAGCCAUCAUCCGGACACUUAAUACAUAUGAUCAUAGAUGGUUGUGGUAUGUUAAGGCGACUCUCCUCAUCCUGGUGAUUUUUACCAUUUGCUUUGCUCCAAGCAAUAUUAUACUUAUUAUUCACCAAGCUAACCACUACUACAACAACACUGAUGGCUUAUAUUUUAUAUAUCUCAUAGCUUUGUGCCUGGGUAGCCUUAACAGUUGCUUAGAUCCAUUCCUGUAUUUUCUCAUGUCAAAAAUCAGAAAUCACUCCACUGCUUACCUUACAAAAUAGUGAAAUCAUCUUAGAGAACAAGGACAGCCAUCACAGAGAAUGUCUGUUUUCACGGACAACAUAUGCAUAGUGCAAGGAGCUCCAUUUCCGAGCUCCUAAGAAAUAUACUUCAAAGGUCAAAUGUUACAAAAGCAUUAGUAGUUUGUUUGUUUUUGAGACUGAGUCUCACUUUAUCACCCAGACUGGCGUGCAGUGGCACUAUCUUGGCUCACUACAACCUCCGCCUCCCAGGUAAGCCUCCCAAGUAGCUGGGAUUACACUACCAUGCCCAGCUAAUUUUUGUAUUUUUAGUAGAGAUGGGGUUUCACCAUGUUGGCCGGGCUGGUCUUGAACUCCUGACCUCAAGUGAUCUUCCGGCCUUGGCCUCCCAAAGUGCUGGGAUUACAGGCAUGAGCCACUGAGCCAGCCAGCAUUAGUAAUUUUUAAAAACACUUUAUCAGUAUUUUAAAAAUGUUAAUGCAGGAGAAAAGAUAUCACAACUCUUUAUAGAAAAUGACAUUUCCAUUUGCCUUAUUGCUACUUCAAGCUCUUUAAAUCGCCAUCUUCCCUAUUUC